AACUCUGUUCUAAACAUUUCUGCUCUUUGUUUCUUUUUCAUCACAAAAAAAAAAAAAUUUCUUUACAUAUCAAUUUAAAUGUUUUUGAAUGAAUAGAUUUUUUUAAUUUAAGAGAUUUCACAAAAUGAUCUCUUAUUUAUUGUCUAUUUUAUUUAACGUUUUAUUUCUAUUGUUUGUCAUAAAAUGUGUUAAAUCAAUUGAACCUCAAGCAAGUCAAGAGGGAUCGUUACAUUCUUUUAAAAAUUAUAUAGAUGUUGCAAUGUUUCAUUAUUCCGUACCAAAAGAAGUUCUCAGGGCUACUUGGCAAUUUGCCGCAUUUAUGGAUGGCAAAGAAUGUCCUUCGAGACAAGUUCAUAUAUAUUUACAAUGGGGUAGUUAUCCAAUUAUUUCAGAGAGGAAUGCAACUUUUCCUCCACAUGUAGUUCCAGAUAGAAAUCAUUCAUUUUCCAUGUCUACCUGGACGACUUUUGAACCAAAAGUCGUUACUGUUAUACCUGUUUACAGUCCUUUACCUGGUGAUUGGUUUGUUGGUGCAUAUUUGUCACAUUGGGAUGAAAAAGUACAACAACAGGGACUUGGUCACAAAUGUCGUUACAGUAUUGGAUCAGUGGCACUUUGGAAUCAAAUGGGCGAUAUACAAAAUAUUCCCUUGGGUUAUCAAAAAACGAUGAAAACAAGCGAGGCAAUUUCUUAUUAUAAAAUAUUUAUUCCUUCAGGAACUUGGCAUUUUCAAGUUCAAAUAUGGAACUGUAAAUUCAUACGAAAAAUUGAUAAUGAUCUACGAAUACCUUGUAUUCUUGGAUUGUCAUUGGAAGCUCGUGUUUUACCUGUUUUUAAUCACACUCAUCCAAGUUCAAUGAGAAAUUUAACAAAUUCAGAUACAUAUACAUUUACCGAACUAUCGCCAUAUGAAGAUAGUUAUUAUUAUUUACUAGUCAUUUCAAAUACAACAAUAAAUUUUAAUGUUGAAGUUACAACAAGUGAUUGUCCUGUAAAAGUAAUAGACAAAUCAAUAGUAAAAACUCUAUUGAGCGCAUCUUAUUUGCCAAAAGAAUCAUUAACAGAAUUAUAUGCGGAUAAUUUUAACAAAAAUAGAAUACAUUCUUUUGAUGAUCAAAAAAAUUUAUUACAACCAACAGCUUUGACAUUUCACAAAGAGGAAGAUAUUGAACCGGAAGAUUCAUGUAUACCAAGAUUUCAGCUUGCUAGAGUUAAACAUCCACAAACAUUUUCAAAUGUCUAUUUAUUACAGGGUCAAGAAUGGUUAACUUCAUGGAUUAUUUUAACAGACGAUUAUCCAGUAAUUACGCAGUUUGAUAUUUUACCUCAUAUUGACAUUGGGGGUAUUUUAGUAAUUAACAUUCAUUUGGAAGUGGAAAAGUUGGUAACAGAACAAUCGAUAGAGGUAAUAGUAUGCAUUAGACAAGGGAGAAAACCAAAAAGAAUAAAAGGAAAGAUUAUCUGCGAUGACAAGAAAUUAACUUUAAAUUUAUCAUCACAUGGAAAACAUAAUGGUUCUAUAAUGAUUCCUUAUCCAAUGCCAGACACCUGGUACAUUGCUUUACAAGCCAAAUGUUCUUCAAAUGGACAACCAGUUAGAUGUGAAAUGGAGGAAAUUUUAGUUUGCCUAAAUAUAAAAAUCACACAAUGUGUUCCUGUUGAUAAUCAUCCGUGUGGUGAACAUGGCGUUUGUCAAGAAACUUAUAAAGAUCUUUUAGCAUAUGCUUCAUGUAGUUGCUUUGGAGGAUAUAAAGGUUGGGGAUGUACUGAUUCAUCAGAUGUUAAUUUUGAAUCAUCCGUUUUAUUGAUGACAUUAUUAUUGACAUUAAGCAAUGCAUUUUUCCUGCCAGCUAUUGUUUUAGCAAUAAAACGAAAAUUAUACACAGAAGGCCUGGUUUAUAUGUCCACCAUGAUGUUUUCGACAUUUUAUCACGCUUGUGAUCAACAAUUUUUAACUUACUGCAUUGCCAAAUAUGAGGUGUUGCAGUAUAGUGACUUUUUCUCGAGUAUACUCUCAUUUUGGGUAACUCUAGUAUCAAUGGCACAAUUGCCAACUCGUUUUCUCUCUGUAUGUCACAUGUUUGGAGCUUUAAUAAUUGCCUUUAGUGUUGAAUCAAAUAGAACCGGUCUUAUUAGUAUUUUAAUUCCAUUGGGAAUUGGAGUUUUAUUGCCAAUUUUGUCGUAUAUUUAUGGUUGUAUCAAGACAAAAAAAUGUAAAAAACCCGAAAGCACAUGGAAAUUCAUUGUGGGUUUAUUUUUAGCAUGCAUUGGAGUUUUUCUGUUUAGUUUAGUCGAAACUAAAGAAAAUUACAGCUAUGUUCACAGUGCUUGGCACAUGUUGAUAGCACUUUCGCUUCUUUUUCUCCUACCACCGGCUCGAAAAGAAGAAUAUCCUUCCACUAGUUCUGAUUCAGUUAGCAGUUCCGAUAGUGAGCUUAUGAUUCCUUCAAAUAUUCCAAGUUUUUCCGUUUUGUCAAGUCAUGAAAAUUUAGUGACUUUAUUAAGGUAAAAACAUUCCAAGUAUAUAUUUAUAUAUUGAAAAGAAAUGACGGCAAAUAUUACAAUUGUCGAGAUACCAAAAAAAAAAAAAAAAAAUCUGUCUUACCUUUAAGCAAUGUUGUGCCAACAGCGAUUUUAUUGUUUAGAGAUGCACAGAAAUAUCUCUUAAAAUAUUUUUUGAUUUAUUAAUAAUACUCUUAACAGUUCCUAAGACGAUAUACCAAAUGUUACAUAUACAAUAGAGCAUCAUAUUUAAUGCAAAGACAAACAAUUCUAAAAGUCUACGGCCAGAAAAAAAAAUGUGAAAACAAAUAUAGAAAAAAUAGUUAAAAGAAUUCCAAUAUUAAUUUUAAAAAGAUUUCUCUGAAAUAUUUUUAAACUUGAAAGUUUAUAUUUUAAUUUGAUUUUUAACAAUAUUGGAAUAUUUUUUAACAUAAAAUAUAAUAACGUUUGUAUUUUAAACGUUGUGUGAGACAAAAGGUCUUUAAAAUGCAUUUUCAGAAAUGUAUUUUUGAAAAGAAAGUUUUCAAUCUAAAAUAUAUAUAUAAACAGAGUUAGUGAAUUAUUUUUCAUGAGAAAAGUAGAAAAGAAAAGCACAAGGAAUAAAUGAAAUAUUUUUUUAGGAAAUUAAAAAUUAUACUUCAGGAUUGAUCAAAUGAUUAUUGAAAAAUAAAAUAAUCAAAGUUACAAAAAAAAACAAACUUAAAGAAAAUACUUGAAAGAAAUUAUAUUCUUCAUGCUUUAAAUAUUAACUUAUAAUAGAAAAAACAGAGUAUUUUAAUGGAAAGAUAAUUUUCAAAACUUACAAUUGCAAUACUCAGAAUAAAUUAUGUGAUAAAAUAGCAUUCUGCAAUAAUAUUAUUUUAUUUAAUUUAUAGCAGAAUUGCUCAUAGGAGAUGAAAGACAUUGUACAUAUAUAUAUAGACUUAUAAAUAUCUUCUGCAUUUAUAUUUAGAUAUAAAUAUUAUUAUUAUUAUUAUUAUAUAAUUAUGAAAAAAAGAAAGAAACCGGUGCUUUUCAAAAUUAGUAAUAAUUGUUAUGUUUUUAAUUAAUUAAUUUUUAAUUGACAAUGAAUUUAUAUAAUAUGAAAGUCUUUUUCCUCAUAUUUCAAAAACGAGGACCAACACAAGGAAAGUAAAGCAAGAUAUUUACAAUAGCAUAAUAUUUACUAAUUAGAAGGCUUUAUUUUUUUAAAAUAAAAUACCAAAUUAGUUUAGAAAAUGUGAUUGAAGACACUUGAAUAUAAUUAAUAUGAAAUGUUAAUUAAUGCAUAAAUCAAGUUGUACCUUCGAUUGUUGUGUGUUCUAAUACCUCUACUUAAACAAUAGAAAAUUAUAUACGUAUUUCAAAAUACAAAAAAAACAUAGUUUUAAAAAUGACAAAAAUUUGUAGAUUACAAACUUUGCUUGAAAUAUUAAGCAACAAUUACAAGAUAGUUCACCUGUGAAAAAGAUUUUUAUUUUCUUUUUAAUUUAAAAUGGAAAAUAUUUUACAAUUUCUGAAAAAAAAAUUUUUUGCUUUAUUUUUCUAAAAUUAUUUUGAAAAAAGAAUGCAAAUUUUCAAAUUAAUUUUUUUUAUUUAUAGGUGAACUGUACUUUAAAAAAAAAAUCUUAUGCCAUCGUUUUAAAUAGAAUUAGAAAUUUUCAAAAUGAAUUAUUUCUCUUUAGAGAAAUGAUUUUCUCGCAAAAAUAAACUUUGUCUCUACUAGAAGAGAAUACUAUGUGAAAUAGAAAUAUGUAAAAAGUAGUAUUUGCUGAAAAGUAUUUCAUAUAUAUAUACUUAGGUAUAUAUACAUAUAUAUGUAACUUGUAGACUUAUAGAAAAUCUAAAAUUUAGAAUUUAAAAGCAGCAGAACAAAAAGUUUGAAAAUUAGAUAUAGAACCAUGACUUAUAUUUUAAAAUUAUUAUAAGUAAUUAUUUAUAUAUACUUAAUAGUUUAUUUAUUAUUAAGUAUUUACUAAAGAAACUUUGUUAUAAAAGUUUAUUAUUUUUAUGAAACAAUGCAUAAUCAAUUUGAAUUUAAAUAUUUUGUUCAAAAAACAGAAUUUCGAAAGAAAAAUACAGAAAACGAAUUAAAAUUUAAUUCAAAUUAUUUGCCAGAAAAAUAUAUAUGAACAAAUUUUAAUUUAUGUUAUUUAUCUUCCAUGAUAUAGAAAAAAUGUAAGUUUUAACUUUAUUUUUAAGUAAUUAAUUUACAAAUUUGUUAUAUAAGUUCUUCGACAAUUUUAUCAAUGACUUACCGUUAAAUGUAGUUUAAUUUUUUAUUUAUUUAAGAAUCAUAUUGUAGUAUAUUUUAUAUUUUAUAAGAAAUUUUUCUUUUAUUUAAAAUAUACGCAAUGUGUAUGUAAAAUACGGGUCUACGAUGUACCAAGAAAAGAAAAUAUAGAAAUGAUUAUUGAAUUUUCUUAUAAAAAAAAGAAGAAAAAAAACAAAA